AUGAAGGUGAAAGUGAUCUUCCCAGGCAAGAUCAAAGUGUGCUUCAGGAAAGGACCAACUGGAUAUCUGAGACAAGAUCCCUCAGAUGAAGCCAAGAGGAUCAAAGACAACCCCAAUCUCCAGGACAAAUCAUCCCCUCAAAGUGAAGACAAGGUCAAGGAGAAUGCCCACUCUGUUGUCUUCAUGAGAGGAGGAGAUGUGUCAGACAGACAGGAGGUGCUGGGAGAGUAUGUGCUUCAGUUUGGAAAGUACAAAGGCAAGUCAUUCCGGUGGCUGCUAGAGAAUGAUGUAGGCUAUACCAUAUUCUUGACUAAGAAGGUUGAGGAGGAGGAGAGAGCCGGACAGUUUAAACCAGAGGGUCCCAAGAAGGACAGCCUACUUUCAUUCCUUGAGUACAGUAGAAGCUUCCAGGAAAUCGAGGACCUCAUAAAGUAUUUAGCUGGAAGAUCAGUGGCUCCACCUGUGAGGAAUGAAGAAGACAACUUGGUUGGCUUUGGGAUUAAUGCAGACAAGACUUGGAGGGAUAUUUGGGAGAGCAGAGCAGAUGGAUAUGCUGCAUUCAUCCUCAAGAAACAGUGUGUUCCAGGCAGCAAAAUGUAUCGGCUGCAGCAGUACCUCACCCAGAAAAAGAGCCAGCUUCAGAGUGUUUCAGCGGAACUUGCUUCUGCUGGCCUCGCAGCAUCUGCCUCUCAUCCUCCAGAAAUGGAGGAUGAUGAAGAAUUGGAGAGAAUGAUGCUUUCUAUAUCCCCAUCCAAACUCCAAGGCCAACUGAGGAGGCGUAAACCACCAGCAACACUCUCAAAACCAGACCGGCCUGAUGAAUAUAGUGCUACUGCAUCUCCACGGCCAGUGAGGGUUCCUUUGCCAGUACCUCCAGAGUUGCUUGAAUUUUCUACAAGCAAGACCACAUCGCCUUUGAGACCAGUGCAGGAAACCGUCUUCUGUCAGUGUAAGGACUUAAUCCCUCCUCCCAGUGACCUCUGCACAGUAUACAGCCUCUACUCCUCCCUCAGGACCCUCUGCAGCUGCUGGACAGUCUUUCUCGGGACUCCCUGCAGCCUCUACUGGGUACCCCUCAACUCAGUUGGAGGAAAAGCAUGCUGUUCCACCACUGCCAAGCUAUGA